ACUACGCGCGUACCGCGCCUAACAAGAACACCGUCGAAGCGUGCGUGCUGUUCGGUUUUUGCUGGUUUAAGUUUACGUGUCCUUUCUACCUCUACAAUGGCGGAAGGAAUGGAAGUGGAGGCAGCUCCGGCAAUUCGUGAUAAGAAGAGAUUUGAAGUGAAAAAGUGGAAUGCAGUGGCUCUAUGGGCAUGGGGUGAGUCUGGCUGUUGGGGUAUAGUGGUUUGCAAACAGUUCAGGCUUUGUUCUGUGUCCCCUGACCUCACCCUCUAAAAUUGGGAAGGGGUCGUGGACAAGUUGCCCUAUUUGUCUUUGACUGCAGCAACAAACAGCAUUCACGUGUCAUCCACAAAAUUAAUUGUGUGGCUUGUUCUGAAUCGUGCUGAAUGUCAAACUUUGAUCGGAGCUCUGAAUAGUGCUAGUAGCUAUACACUGCUAGCUGGUGUGUGUUAACAUCUGAAUAUCAUUAGCCAUUUGCUCACCAAGACCACAAUCAUUAGCGUGAGACUGUCAGGUUAUAAACUUUGGUCCAAAUUGCUACAAUCACCGCUUCUUGGCCUAUAGGCUAAGGUCAAGUUAGCUAGUAGUGUUUUGUUGGUUUGAAGUAGGUACGUACAUGGUAGUGAGCUGAGCUACUAGUAGUGCAGUGAUGUUCAUAUGCACUAUAG